ACCUCGUUUGACAACACUCAACCAUGCACACGCCCUUCUCCAAUAGUCUACAGUGACUCGGCAUAGUGGACAAAAACAUAGCUUAAAUAUGGGAAGGGCACCUUGUUGUGAAAAAGUGGGGUUGAGGAAGGGAAGGUGGACUGCAGAGGAGGAUGAGAUCUUAACAAAGUACAUUCAGGCUAAUGGGGAAGGUUCCUGGAGGUCAUUGCCCAAGAAUGCGGGAUUAUUAAGGUGUGGGAAGAGUUGCAGGCUGAGAUGGAUUAACUAUUUGAGGGCUGACCUCAAACGAGGGAACAUUUCUGCUGAAGAGGACUAUACCAUCGUAAAGCUACACGCUUCCUUUGGCAACAGGUGGUCCUUGAUAGCAAGUCACUUGCCAGGAAGAACGGACAACGAGAUAAAAAACUACUGGAAUUCUCACCUUAGCAGGAAAAUUUACAGUUUCGCGAGGACAGUUACUACAGACAACACCUUACAAGUGCAAGGAGUUAUGGAUACACCCAAAGUAGAUAUUCCGUUUCCACCUAAGGCUAAGAGGAAAGGUGGCAGAACUAGUCGUCGGGCCAUGAAGAAGAACAACAGCUACACCCAAAGGCCUAAACAAAGUUUCACUCAACAGAAAAGUGAAGCUGCAGUUCCAUUGCCACCCACACCGUCCCUAGAGAGUGAGGGUUUGUCUAGCGCCAUCGUGGAUUUCAUGGUCUUGGAACCUCAAGUAGUUGACGAGAAAGUAGAGCUCAUUGAUGAGCCAAGUUCCUAUGAAGAAACUCAUGAAGGGAAUUUGAUGGAAUUUGACAAGUGUCUUGGCGUUGAUGACGACAUCUUAGGACUGUGUGAAGUCGAAGGCAUUAAUGACGGUGGUGGGGCGUUGAGUUUUAAUGAAAUGAUGGGUGCAAGUGGGGUUUUGACCUUAAGCGAAGAGAGAGAAAGGGAAAGCAAUGAUGUGAGGGCGAGUGUUGGUGAUGAAAACGAAAGACGGAAUGCGAGUCAUGACAAAAUGGGAACGAGGGAGGACCCAAGCUCGAAUGGGGAAAGUGGAGGAGUAUGCUAUUCUUGUAAUUCUCCGAAAGGAUUGGGUUUGGAUGAUAACUGGGAUUGGGAGAGCUUAAUAGAGUUUAGUGAUAUUCAUUCUAAUGAGUCCGAAUCUUCUAAUUGGGAACACAAAGAAAACCUGCUGACUUGGCUUUGGAAAGACGAUGAUUGGGAAAGCGAUUGCACCAAAUUGGGAGAGAUAGAUAUGGUUGCUUGGUUUCUCUCUUGAAGAAUAUACUCUCGACUGUUUUUCUUUGGGAAUGUGGUACCGUUUUGUUUUAGACCAGACAUGUAAUUACCGUCACUGCGUCACUUUUGCUUUACUAGUUUGGAAUAUUGAUUUGAUAUUUAAAAAAAAAAAA